AUGGCAGCAGCAAUGGCGACCCUGGCAACCCUCAACGCCAAGUGCCUAUCCCAGACCAAAACCCAAAUCCCCAUUUCCACAACCAAGCUUACCCACUCCUCGCCCAAACCCAUUUCCCCAAUCUCCAUCCCCAACCUCCUCCCCAAAUCCCUAACCCUAACAGCAAGCUCUGCCCUCGCCGGCGCGGUGUUCUCCACCCUCGGGUCAUCCGACCCGGCCUUCGCGGCCCAGCAGCUGGCCCAACUCGCCGAAACCACCGGCAGCGACAACCGCGGAAUCGCCCUCCUCUUACCCUUGAUCCCCGCCAUCGCAUGGGUCCUGUUCAACAUCCUUCAGCCGGCGCUGAACCAGAUCAACAGGAUGCGGUCCAAGGGGCUGGUUGUUGGGCUUGGGCUUGGCGGCGGGCUGGCGGCGGCAGGGAUGGCGGGGGCGCCAGAGGCGUCCGCGGCGGUGGAGGAGAUUGGGAGGAUUGCGGCGGCGGCGGAGGGGAGCGACAGCAGGGGACAGCUGCUGUUGAUUGUGGUGGCGCCGGCAAUUCUGUGGGUGCUUUACAACAUCUUGCAGCCGGCGUUGAACCAGCUCAACAGAAUGAGAUCUGAUUGA